AAGCGCUGCUGUGUCUGCAGCUGUCUCGUGCCGCGAGGCAGUCGCGAAUGCAAGGUCAAGGACUUCUUCCAGCUGGUCCGAAAUGCCGCAAUGCGUGCAAACGCGUUCUCCAGAACAUCCUCCAGCAUUUGAAGAAGACCUCCCUAGUCUCUUCAGCUAAUUAUGAAUCAGAGCUCAAGAUCAAAGAGCAUAGCCAUGCGUGACAAAGAAGACCAUAUGCGGCGAAGCUGUAGGACAUGAACAAAGAACAGGUAGGUAUAGCACUUCCACGAAUAUGCACUCUGCUGCUGGAGCAGGGAACACAUUCCACGCAGGAAAGCCGCAAUGUCGCAAAUCAAACUCGACAUAUCCCGGAGGCAGAGAGAGUUCGCGCGCUCGAAAUAUGCCUCAAGCUCUGAAGACGAGGAUGAGAGAAGGAGAUCAAAACAUAAGCCAGACUCAAAGACCCUCGGCGAUGAAUAUGAAGAGAACCGAGAUGCAGCCUACGGCUCAGAUAGCAAUGGUCGUUGGCAUGGGAAAAGCGAAGAUGAUCAUGGUCAACAUGCGCGCGGAUCUGGCACUUGGACGAACAGCACAUUUUCAAAGCCGUCAAAACCACGAAGAGGCGAUUCUCAUAGAAGAGAACGCGAAGCUCGAAUGCGGGCUCACCGUGACGAUGAUGAGCUCGGCAUCAAUAGCGGAAGACCCAAACUUGAGCCCAAGCUGGAAGCAGCCAGCCCUCAUACUCCGCCGAAUUUCCGACACGAUUUCUUCAUGGGUAAUUCCCCAUCUGCUCCUCGUAAAUCAUUCCCGUGGAUGGAGCAGUCACCACAACAGGAAAUCUUUCGAGAGCCAGCCUCCGAAAUGACCAGCCCAAUCAAGGCGAGGGGCGCACGUCAAAGCCUAUACACAUCUGGCAGCUGGGGUCGGCCGCUAACGCCGCGCAGCAUUGGAACAUCUGACGGCUUCUCAAGUUUUGAUGAUCAGUAUAUCCGUGCUCUUGCCGUCGAGAUCCGUGUCAACAUUAUGUUGACACCUUGCUUGCUGGCGUUGAGACAAGGCAAAAGUAAAACAGACCUGGCAGAAUACGAGUGCACAGGCUUGACGAGGUCUGCACGAAAUGCUCUUGCCCUGGCGCAGCAGCACAAGAAAGAAGUCGCAAAGGGCACCGUAGCACGAUGCUACUUCUACGUAGCGCUGACCCAAUUUGCGUACUCUCCGGACUCUAUCCACAAAAGUGAUGCACGCGCGCUGAAGUGGCUCAGGAAGACUCGUAAGGAAUUUCCAGGCAGCAGCGAAGCAGAUCAGGCACAGCUAUGGGUAAGAGCACUAGAGAGUGCCACCAGACAACAACAACGGGAAAUCAGCAGGAAAUUUGACGAUUGGGCAGUAUCUGAUUACAACGGCGAUGUAAUCAUCAAUCGUGCUCCAGUCACUGAUCCGUACCCACAACCACGAAGGCCUCCUCUCCAACGGGCCGCUACUUGGCUGCGCAAUUUGUUUGGCGGCGCUCGAUCAGACUCCGUGCGGGAAGACGAUACAGCCAUUCACACCAAAGCUCCCACUUUGCAGCGCCAGACGACAUCCCAGCUAAGGAGCGAUCGAUCCUGGUCAUCAGAUCAAUCCUGGUCAUCGGGGUCAUGGAGCAGCGGGACAGAAAGUUUGCGUGGGAUUAUACUACGAAACGGACCUGUCAGUGUCAGAGAAGAAACCAGUCCUUCGGAACCGAGUCCUACGCAUAUGGGUAGGAAUGAUAUCAAAGAUGAGCAAAGCAAUGGUCGGCCUGCUCCCGUAAGAUCUUGGUCAAACUACAAUCCCUGGCACAACUCUCAGGCUGAGCGGCCUUCAACAGCAGAGUCUAUUACUCGCUGGGUCUCUGAGAAGUUAGGCUACUGGCUUGGGUCCGGGAACAUGUCAGAUGCGGGUUCUCCUAUAAGUGACAGGCCGAUGACUCGUGAGUCCGCUAUUCCGGCGCCUUUGGAUCCUCGAAAGCAGAGCAGAAUUCCUCCGCCCUUGGAUCCUCGAAGGCAGAGCAGAUUCAAGACAGCCGAGGGAGGACAUGUCUCUGGAACUGCGCCUUCUCGUGCUCAUACGCCCACACAAGGUCCAAGCUCGAAGAGUGGGCAAUACGCUUCGAGAGAUGAGGUUAACACUCGAAGUAGACAGGAGACUGGUCUUGAUGCUGCUGGUCUCCGCCGUCGACGCAGUAGACUAAGCUCAUUGGUCCCCCGCCUAUCGAUACAGAAGCAACCACCGUUAAUAGUAGAGGACCUUGCAGAGAAAGGUGAGAGCCCGAUAUUCUGGCAUGAAUAACUUAAGAUGAGGUGGUCGGGAGGAUUAGAGUGAGAAGUAAAAC